CAUAAUUCGAUGAAAUUGGCUUUAUUGGGGACUGUUAACAUCAGAGCUCAGUUAGAUUCAGCAUAUUGGGGAAAUAUACAACAGCAUAAUGAUACCGUUACAAAAAACAAGUACGUUCUAUUAAAAAUAAUCGAUUGUAUAAAAUUUUGCGGAACCGAGAGCUCCCAAAACCCGGGAAUAUGUUGUGGACUGAUUAAUUUUUCUGCUGAGCUUGAUACAACCUUAAACGAAUACAUAAAAAAUGCUUCAAUAUUUAAAGGAACUUCGAAAGAAAUACAAAACGAUCUACUGGAUUGUAUGCUUGACGUUUGUCAUGAUGAAAUAAUAAAACAGAUUAACAGAGUCUCGUAUUUGGCGAUAAUAGCAGAUGAGAAAACGGAAAUUUCGGGGACAACCCAACUGGUAACAAUUUUCAGAUAAGUAUUUGAUAUCAGCCAUUUAAAAAUUCAAAUGAAAUACCUUUUAUAUCGUGAAAAAUUAUCCAGAUAGUCUGAC